AUGCUUUUUUUUAUAUAUGCUUGGUGCCACUUGUCACAUACAAUUCUACAACCUUCGACAAAAAUCCAAAUGAUAAUAAGAUCAAAGCCAGAAAGCAAUGGAGAAAAAAAAUUAAUGAACCACGAUGAACCAAAUGAUCAAUACAACCAAAGAAACUACCCUAGUGAUGUGUAUGCUGACCUGGUACCAUUUCAUGAAUUUUGCAUAUGGGGAAGUCUACAAAAGUGGGCUUCAGAAAAAAAGGCGUGCGGUGUUUAG